AUGGCUUGUUGAUAAGGUUGUAUAUAUAAAGCUGGGCCAUUAAAAUGCGAACAUGAAGAAAAUGUUAGCAGCAAAUCACACGCGUCAAAGCCUCUCUCCUUCUCUGCCACAACCGCCGUCUCUUCCUGCGGAACACUUCAACAUCCUCCUCCGUCGGCGUCACCUUCUCACCACCACUGCAUUCACCAUUUCCUUCAAUUUCAAUGUCCCUUUUACAACCUCCCUCUCCACGUCAGAGCCGGUAGCCGGUGCCCGUGGCCUCUUCCAGAUGCCCCCACCGCGCCUCACCAACCGGUAUUUUCUGGUUCGGGCGGGUGAGUCUGAGUUCGAGAGCAUGGGAGUGAUCAACACCAACCCCGUGACCAAGACAUCUGUGGAUAGCGGGUUAUCUAAAAGAGGGAAGAAAGAGGCCAUAAGAGCAGCUUUUGGUUUGAAAGAAAUGGGUGCAUGUGAGAAGAACUGUUGGAUAUGGCCUGCUAUAACUCAGAGAGCUUACCAAACAGCUGAGAUCAUUGCUUCUGUUAAUGGAGUUACUCGUAGCUAUAUAGUCCCUGAAUACAGCUUUCUGGAUGCCCGUGGAUUAGGCGCUUAUGAAGGACAAAAAUUGGAAUCUGUUUCACAAGUGUAUGAAUCAGAUGGUAUAUCUCCCAACAUCAAACCUCCUCCCAUUGAUGAUGGAACUCCAAAUGAGAGUGUUGCAGAUGUUUUUGUUCGUGUAACGCAGCUCAUGUCAAUUCUUGAGACUCAGUACUCUGGUGACACAGUUAUUAUAGUCUCGCCAGAUUCUGACAACUUGACAAUCCUUCUCGCUGGUUUGAUAGGACUAGACCUGCGAAGGCACAGGGAUCUGGCUUUUGCACCUGGUGAAGUCCGCUUUGUUGAUACCAAAGACAUUCCUAAAUAUAAGCAGCCUGCAUCUGCUGUAUAUAAAUGUUCGAACCCACCAAAGUGUUACUAGUUUUCCUUCGUUCAAGGUAUAGCGGGAAAGUGGAUAUUCAUCAAGUGAAAGCCUAAAGAUCAAUUUGAAUUUUGUUAAAGAGAUUAUUAGGGCCUUGGGGUAUCGUUGUCGUGUAUUAUAUUAUGGAUUAAAUAAGACUCUCUUUGUAUCUAUAUACUUCCACGUUGAAACAUUUAAAGGUUAAGAAUGCGAAGAGAAUUUAACAAC